AUGAAUGAUGCUAUUCGUUUUAAUGCAUGCGAUUUCGUUGGUAUUGGUCGACCUACUUGUCUACAAUUUAAUCUUCCUGAAAUUUUACUUGAUAAAAACAUUCCAGAAAAAGAUGCACGAGUUCUUCAUUAUGAUAUUCGAGGAAUUAAAAUCUUCAAUCUAUUACCUAUAGCAACUAUUGGUUCAGAUGUUAAUACAUUAUGGCAUAAUUGGCGAAUGCAUCGAGUAGCUAUUGAAAAUCAAGAACCAGAUCCUAAUCUUACUGUUCAUGGUAAAAUAUUUAUGGUUAUUAUUAAAAUAUUGAAAAAAUCAACUUCAUCAAUUAUUUUAUUUUUUACUAUUUUAUUUAUUUCAUUUUUUGUUAAACAAAUUUUUUUAAAACAUAAUGAAAAAAUAAUUACAGAAGAAUAUAAUUAUACAAUCAAUAAACAAAAAAAAACUAUAGUUCGAUUAUAUAAUAUCAUAUGCUUAUGA